GGGAGAUGAAGCGCAGCCCGAGACCGUGACUCUGAGCGGCGCCUUCCGGCCGGCCAACACGCUCGGGACCCAUGUAGCGCCAAAGCGGCCGCGGGACGCUCACGUCGGAACGGCCGCUCCGCUCUGCUUCCGCCUGGGCCCGGCCCGCCAGCCCCGUCCCGUCCUUUGCCAGCCUGGCGGCCGGUGGCGCGGCGGCCGUCUGGCUUCGGCACUCCCGCCGGGCGGCUAAGAUGAGUGAAAGGAGGCGCUCGGCUGUGGCCCUCAGCUCGCGAGCGCACGCCUUCUCGGUGGAGGCCCUCAUCGGCUCACACAAGAAGAGGAAGCUCCGCGACUGGGACGGCAAAGGCCUGGAUUUGUCCAUGGAGAGCCUCAGCCCCGACGGGCAGCUGCCAGACGCCGACGACCCUGCCCAGUGCCUGGACCUCAACCCCGAUUCAGAGCAGAGCACAGGAUCCGAAACCGAAGUGCUGGCAGAGAGAACAUCCUGCUCGUUUGGUUCCCCGUCGGACCUCACAUCAAGCAGCUCACUCUCUCAGCCAUUGCCUGCUUCAUCCAUGGAGGAGAUCCAAGUGGAACUGCAGUGUGCUGACCUCUGGAAGCGAUUCCAUGAUAUUGGCACAGAAAUGAUCAUCACCAAAGCAGGCAGGAGAAUGUUUCCUGCAAUGAGAGUGAAGAUUACAGGAUUGGACCCUCACCAGCAGUAUUACAUAGCCAUGGACAUUGUACCUGUGGAUAACAAGAGAUACAGGUAUGUGUAUCACAGCUCCAAGUGGAUGGUAGCGGGAAAUGCCGACUCCCCUGUGCCUCCAAAGGUUUAUAUUCACCCUGACUCACUGGCAUCUGGAGACACCUGGAUGCGGCAAGUUGUCAGUUUUGAUAAACUCAAGCUGACCAACAAUGAGCUAGACGAUCAAGGCCAUAUAAUCUUGCACUCAAUGCAUAAGUACCAGCCACGUAUCCAUGUUAUUUGCAAAGACUUCAGCACUGACCUGUCUCCCACAAAGCCAGUCCCCACAGGUGAUGGGGUGAAAACCUUCCAUUUCCCAGAGACAGUCUUCACCACAGUCACCGCUUAUCAAAAUCAGCAGAUUACCAGAUUGAAAAUUGACCGAAAUCCAUUUGCAAAAGGGUUCAGGGAUUCUGGAAGAAACAGAACUGGCCUGGAGGCUAUUAUGGAAACAUAUGCAUUUUGGAGGCCCCCUGUGCGCACACUCACCUUUGAAGAUUUCACCACCAUGCAAAAACAGCAAGGGGGCAGCACAGGCACUUCCCCAACAACUUCCAGCACAGGGACCCCCUCACCCUCAGCAUCUUCCCACCUUCUUUCUCCAUCCUGUUCACCCCCAGCCUUUCAUUUAACCCCCAACUCUUUCAAUGUUGGCUGCCGAGAGAGCCAGCUUUGUAAUCUGAAUCUCUCUGAAUAUCCACCAUGCGCAAGAAACAACAUGGCUGCCCUGCAGAGCUAUCCAGGCUUGAGUGAGAGUGGAUACACCCGGCUCCAGAGUGGUUCUUCUGCUGCUGCUCAGCCAUCAGAAAACUUCUUACCUCAGCGGACUCCAACUCUGAUCUCAGGAAUGCCUGCUCCUUCUUCCCUGCCUACUAACAGCAAAAUGGAAGCUUAUGGCGGCCAGCUGGGAUCAUUCCCAACAUCUCAGUUCCAGUAUGUCAUGCAAGCUGGCAACCCCACCUCCACUUCUUCUUCUUCACAUAUGUUUAGCAGUGGCCAUAUUCAACAGAGUUCUUACAAUGCCUUUUCCCUUCACAACCCUUAUAAUUUGUACGGAUACAAUUUCUCAGCUUCUCAGAGGUUGGCAGGAAGCCCUGAAAAACUGGCCACCACACAAAGCACUUUACUUUGCUCUCCUCCUUCCAGUGGGGCCUUUGGAGAGAGGCAAUAUCUUUCAACAGGGAUGGAUCAUAGCAUGCACAUGAUCAGUCCCCCUAACAGUAGCCAGCCCACAGCCAGCACUUGUGAUAAUAGGCAAUAUGGGGCUGUCACAGGAUCAUCUUCACAAAUGUCUAUGCAUAUGGUUUAAAUGGUGCUUGGCCAAGUGUGAGCAAGAAUCUCAUUUUAUCUACUGGAGGUUUCAUCCUGGCUGCUUUUCAAAUUUAAACAGGACUUGUAUUUGAAUGCUCAAUGGAACCUAAGCCAUCUAUGGCUGUAUUUCAAAGAACAGGAUAGCUGCAGACUGGAAUCAAAAGCCAUGUGUAACUGAAUAGCUUCCAUUUGCAAUGGAUUCAUUUUAAAAAUAGAGAAAACUGUUUAC